AAUGGUGGUGCGAAGGACGGUUUGGACAUGAACUUGGGUCCCGCCUGGCAGAAGGGAUACACUGGAAAGGGCGUCGUAGUUUCCAUCCUCGACGACGGAAUCCAAACUAAUCAUCCCGACCUCGCGCAAAAUUACGAUCAAAGAGCCAGCACAGACAUCAACGGGAACGACGAUGAUCCGAUGCCGCAAGACAACGGCGACAACAAGCACGGCACCAGGUGUGCAGGAGAAGUGGCCGCAGUCGCCUUCAAUCAGUACUGCGGAAUCGGUGUCGCCUACAACGCAAGCAUCGGAGGUACGUAUUUGAUAGCAAUUCUUUCCGAUUAUGCAAAUCGUUAA